CGGCGGAGGCAGCACCCCGCGGCUGGGCGUCAGCGCCCGGCGCCCCGGCCCGACACCACCCACCGCCAGGUCCGGCCCCGCGGGCGCGGCUGCCGGGGUUUCCGUGUGCCCCAGGGGGGCUCCGGGCUGCGAGCCGCCGCCGAAAGGCUUUUGACAAAACCUCUUGACCACCAAGGCCAGCCUCUUCCUGAAAGCCCCGCUCGCUCCGAUACAGGAAGUAGAGGGAGCGAGCGCUCCAGAGCGUGGCGGCCGCGGCGGCUGUGGGUUUCCGACUGCGCGCGGGGCUGGCGGCGGUACCCGCGCGGGCCCUUCCCCAGGGCGGCGCCAGGGGCAUGCGGGCGCCCGGGGCUCCGCGGCCCGCGCCGCCCGGUGCCUGAGGCCCUGCGUUCACCGUCCCGGAGCUGCUGGCGGCAUGAUCCGACGCGCCGGGGCGCCCGAGUGCGCGGACCCCGCGGGUCCUAUUCCAGAUGUUGGCAAAGGAAAGGAACAGGAAGAGGAGGAGGAAGAUGGCGUGGGGCCUUGCCUGCCGGUCACCCCGAGGAACUGCCUUCCUCUCCGGGGCAUCAGCGUCCUGGAGAAGCUCGUCAAGACCUGCCCGGUGUGGCUGCAUCUGGGUCUGGGCCGGGCAGAGGCGACCAGGAUCCUGCACCGGGAGGCGGCCGGGACGUUCCUGGUCCGCCGGGACAGCAGCUUGAAGCACCUGGUGCUCUGUGUCCACUUCCCUUCCCCAAACGAGAGCUCAUCCGCGGUGCUGGAAUACACCAUUAAAGAAGAAAAAUCGAUAUUGUACCUGGAAGGCUCGGUUCUUGUGUUUGAGGACAUCUUCAGACUGAUCGCAUUCUACUGUGUCAGUAGAGAUUUACUGCCCUUCAAGCUGAGGCUGCCCCAGGCCAUCCUUGAGGCCAGCAGCUGCACAGACCUCAAGACCAUCUCCAACCUGGGCCUGGGCUUCUGGGACUCCUCGCUGAACCCCCGGCGAGGAGGUGGGAGCCCAGUGGAGGGCCCGAGAGACCCAGCCCCGGGAGCGCCCCCCGCCUCCAUUCUCAGGUCAUCUGCCCAUUACGAAAACUGCUCGUGUGAAAUCGAGCUGUCCUUAGGAAACGGCCGCCUGUGGUUUGUGAAUCCAAUCUUCAUCGAGGACUGCGGCAGCUCCCUGCCGGCUGACCAGCCACCCCCAGGAAGCUGCCCCUUGCGCCCGUCGCCUCCCACCUCCGACGCUACCUCGCCCACCUCCAGGUGGGCCCCUCGCCGCCCAGCACCCCCUCCCCCGCCGCUCCCUCUCCAUCCCCCCGGCUCCAGCCGGCCUCCUCCCCCUGCCCCCCCUCCGGCCUGCCCUCUGCCCAGUUCUCCCUCGGCGGCUGCUACCCUGCAUCUGCAUCCGGAGGCCCCUCCUCCCUCACCCCCAGCAUCUGCCCCCCGCCUGGCACCCCACACCCCAGGCCCCCCGGAGCUUCCAAGCCAGCCACCCAUGACAGCCUGUGAGAGGCUCCCACGUCCCCUCGCAGGCCUGGGCCCCCUCAGGGAGGACGAAGUGAAGCCGGGGGCAGCCCCCAGCCCCUUGCAGGCCCCUGUCCCUCCAGUGCCCACGAAGAAGAGCCUCCCCGCCGCCCCUCCCAGACGCCGCAUCACGGAGAAGGUCUCCCUGGAGGACCAGAGUGCAGGGAAGGCGGACAGGGGGGCGGCAGCAGAGGGGGAGCCGGUGGGUCUUUCCAGGGCAUCCCCGCUCCGCCUGCUUCCCGAGGGGACCUCAGAUAGCCCUGGGGACAGGCCUCAGAGAACCACAGAGCAAGGCCAGGAAGCAGUGGCCAAAGCCGGCAAUCUGGGCAGCCUGCCAGAGCCUCCGAGGAAGAUUCGACAACCUCCAGUCCCACCUCCCAGGAAGAAACGGCUCUCCCGGCAGCUGGCCUCGGUCCUCCCAAUUCCCCUGGAGACUGCCGAGCUUUCCACGGACGGGGAGGCCCCCGAGAACCCCACACCCGGUCCACCUGGAGAAGGCCAAGGUCCUGCCCCCACAGCUGGCACUCAGAGCCCGCAUGCCCGGGCCGGGGCCCGGCCCCAGAGCACCCCGGAGUUCAAGGGCUCCCUGGCCUCCCUCUCAGACAGCUUGGGAGUGCCCUCCUCGGCCACAGACCAGGACUCCUACUCGACCAGCAGCACGGAGGAGGAGCUGGAGCAGUUCAGCAGCCCCGGCAUGAAGAAGAAGUCGUCGAUGAUCCUGGGCAAGGCCCGCCACCGCCUGAGCUUCGUGAGCUUCACCAGCGUCUUCAGUGCCUUCCUCUCCAACAACCGCAAGCUGUACAAGAAGGUGGUGGAGCUGGCCCAGGACAAGGCCUCGUACUUCGGCAACCUGGUGCAGGACUACAAAGUGUACAGCCUGGAGAUGAUGGUGCACCAGACCUCCAGUAUGGAGAUGCUGCAGGAGGUCCGCACCAUGAUGACCCAGCUCAAGAGCUACCUGCUGCAGAGCACCGAGCUCAAGGCCCUGGUGGACCCCGGCCUGCACUCCGAGGAGGAGCUAGAAGCCAUUGUGGAGUCUGCCUUGUACAAGUGUGUCCUGAAGCCCCUGAAGGAAGCCAUCAACUCAUGCCUGCGUGAGAUCCACAGCAAGGACGGCUCGCUGCAGCAGCUCAAGGAGAACCAGCUGGUGAUCCUAGCCACCACGACCACCGACCUGGGCGUGACCACUAGCGUGCCGGAGGUGCCCGUCAUGGAGAAGAUCCUGCAGAAGUUUGCCAACAUGCACAAGGCCUACUCGCCCGAGAAGAAGAUCUCCACCCUGCUCAAGACCUGUAAGCUCAUCUACGACUCCAUGGCCCUCGGCAACCCAGGGAAGUCCUACGGGGCAGACGACUUCCUGCCGGUGCUCAUGUACGUGCUGGCCCGCAGCAAUCUCACAGAGAUGCUUCUCAACGUGGAGUACAUGAUGGAGCUCAUGGACCCUGCCCUGCAGCUGGGGGAGGGUUCCUACUAUCUGACCACCACCUACGGGGCCCUGGAGCACAUCAAGAACUACGACAAGAUCACGGUGACCCGGCAGCUGAGCGUGGAGGUGCAGGACUCCAUCCACCGCUGGGAGCGCCGGCGCACGCUCAACAAGGCCCGGGCCUCCCGCUCCUCCGUGCAGGACUUCAUCUCCGUGUCGUACCUGGAGCCCGAGCAGCAGUCGCGGACGCUGGCGUCGCGGGCGGACACGCUAGCCGAGGCGCUGUGCGCUCAGUGCGCGGAGAAGUUCGAGGUGGUGCAGCCCCAGGACCACCGGCUCUUCGUGCUGGUGGACGGGCGCUGCUUCCAGCUGGCCGACGAGGCGCUGCCGCACCGCAUCAAGGGCUACCUGCUGCGGAGCGAGCCCAAGCGCGACUUCCACUUCGUGUACCGGCCCCUGGAUGGCGGCGGGGGCAGCGGGGGCCCGCCCUGCCUCGUGGUGCGGGAGCCCAACUUCCUGUGAGGCCGGGGCUGCAGCCGCUCCAAAGGCAGUGUUCACCCAGGCGGCGAAGCCGUCAGAAGACCCGGCCCGCGCCCUCACCCCACACACUCACACUCAGCCGCAACCACACGCGCGCACACACACACACGCACACACUCUCCCAACAGGGAUGCCCACACGUCACACGUGCUCGCAACCCACUGAGCGCGCGUAGACCAACGUGGCACUUAAGCAACGUGAUCAGUGGCCCCCAGCGUGCUUCCUGAAGGAGAGUCAUAGCCCCCUAGAGGCCACGUUCUUCAUUAGGCAGAAAGGGAAACAGGCUCAGAGAGAGAAGGGAUUCUCCAGCCCCCUGAAGCAAACAGAGCCCAAGCCCGGCCCCUGUUCACACACAGCCCCUCAGGCCAGUCCCUCUGCCCCUGACCCCCAUGCCCACCGGAUCCUCAGUCUUUCCCGGGGAGGGCUUCCCGUCUCCCCAGGACUGUCCUCAGGAGGAGUGGCCUGGCCCCAGCUGCUCCCACGCCCCUCUUCCCACAGGAUGGAGCUGGGAUGCUCUGGACCCUCCCAGCAUCUCAGGAGCAUCUCAGGGUGUGUGAGGAGACAGCCCCCCUCCCCCGACCCCUGCAUAAGAGCCUGCGCUUGGCUCUCAGCACCCACAGCCCCGCCUCAGCUCCCAAGCUCCUCCAGGAGCAGCCAGACGUGCACUGCGACCUCCAAGUGAAGCCAGCUCCAUGGCUACGUGGGUGAGCGCAGCCUCGGCCACGGGGGACAUUGACUGGGCCGUUGCCUUGGGGGGCACCCCAGGGCUGUGGCACCUGUGGCAAGAGGCACUGUGUGGGGAGUGUUUAAUAAAAGCCCUUUUGAAAAGGCGUCUUCUUUUCUCGGGCUAGAGCUCUGCUCAGCCAGCCAGGCCCCCCAUUAACAGCCUAAUCCCCUUCCCAGGUGGAGUACAGAAGACCACCUCCUUUCCACCGAGGGCCCUAUGUUUUGACAGAAUCUGCAGCAUACUCUCAACCCUCAGGGCCCUGGCCCCUGUCUGCCCCUCAGCCUGGUCAUCUCCUGUCUCCUCCCCCACCAUGGUUCCCAUCAUUCCUGCCUCUGCCGCCUAGCCCGGGAAUACCGUUCCAUAUAGUCUUUGCGUGGUCAAACUCCUCUUUAUCCUUCAAAGCCCGUCUCCUCCCCCUGGAGAAAGUCAGCCUUCUCUGACUUCCUAGGCUGGCCAGAUGGUCCUUGUCCAUGUCUCCCAGGCCCCUCGGAUCAUCUCUCUCACAAGAGAUAGCUCAUCAAAUUGCAUUUGUCUGUUGAUAUUUCUGCUUUCUCCACCAAAUUUGGACCCUUCAUG